AUGGGCAGCACAUCGCCACUGUCACAACCGGUUGCCAUCAUUGGUAUUGGCAUCCGGGCUCCAGGUGAUGGGUCAGACCCAGAGGCUUUCUGGAACAUGCUGGUCGAGGGCCGCUCUGCGCGGUCUGAGAUACCAAAAGACCGAUACAACAUCGAUGGUUUCUACCAUCCCAGCCCAGAGCGCCUCGGCAGCAUACAGCCACGACAUGCACACUUCCUGAAAGACGACUUCAAGGCAUUUGACGCACCUUUCUUCUCCAUCACACCAAAAGAAGCCAAGGCCAUGGACCCCACGCACAGGCUACUGCUCGAAGCCACAUAUGAGGGUUUUGAGAACGCAGGACUCGCCCUCGACACAGUGGCGGGCACUCAGACCUCAUGUUACAUAGGCACCUUCACCGGUGAUUUUCCUAAUCUUCAGGCUCGCGACAAUGAGGGCCCCUCCAUCUACCACGCCACGGGUCUCUCGUCUUCCUUGGCCUCGAACAGACUGUCAUGGUUCUAUGACCUGAAAGGCCCCAGCAUGACCAUAGACACGGCGUGUUCGUCAAGUUUGACGGCGUUCCAUCUCGGCUGCCAAAGCAUCCGAGCAGGUGAAGCAGAAAUGAGUGUUGUUGCCGGAGCGAACCUGAUGUUCGGCCCCGACAUGUCAAUAUUGCUUGGCGCAGCCAAGAUCCUCUCCCCGGACGGGAAGUCAAAAAUGUGGGACGCCAAUGCCAACGGCUUCUCCCGCGGCGAAGGUUUCGGCGUGCUCAUACUCAAGUCCCUGGACGCAGCCAUCCGCGACGGUGACACAAUCAGGAGUGUAGUUAUCGCCAGCGCCGCUAACGAAGAUGGCCGCACACCGGGCAUCUCACUGCCAAGCAGCGAGGCGCAGCAGACUCUGAUCCGCACUGCUUACCAGCAGGCUGGUGUCGACCCGGCCGAUACAGGCUACGUUGAGGCCCAUGGUACCGGUACACAGGCUGGCGACCCCCUGGAAGCGAAAGCAAUUUUGGCGACCAUUGGCAAGAAUCGGUCAAGCGAACUAUUUGUGGGCAGCGUCAAGACAAAUAUCGGCCAUCUUGAGGGUGCGGCCGGCGUGGCUGGUGUCAUCAAGGCAGCUCUUAUCGUGGAAAGAGGGAUAAUACCGCCUAACUUGUGGUUUGAGAAGUUGAACCCUCAAAUCGACCUCCCCGAGAAUGUCAAAAUUCCCACCGAGGCUACGCCAUGGUCGAACCCGGGCCCAAGAAGAGCGAGUAUCAACUCUUUCGGGUUUGGAGGUGCUAAUGCUCAUGUCAUUCUUGAAGAGCCCGCAUCUUAUCUACGAAGAGUAGGAAGGUUCGGCCGGACCUCUGCAACAAAGCAGCCCAAGUUGUCGUCUGCUGUGGGUGGCUUCAGCAGCAGUCUGAGUGAUAGCAGUGCCAGCGACACUGUGGACAGCGACAGCGAGCAGAGCGAUAUCACAGAUAGCACCCAAACAAGCAUCACUGUGCUCACAGACGGAUCUAAUGAAGGCCCACACAACCCCAAGGUUUUUGUCGUCUCCUCCAACGACAAGGAAGGAGUCCAGCGCAACGUGGAACGGCUUUCGUCCUACCUCGAAACCAAGGAACCUCUGAAGCUUGACAGAAGGUUCCUCAAGAGCCUCGCACAUACACUCUCCAACAAGCGCACCGCGCUUCCGUGGAAGUCCUACGUCACUGCAUCAACGGUAUCAGAACUCCGCGAGCGUCUCGUCUCCGCCCUCUCCACACCGACACGCUCCUCAAGCACGUCGAAUCCUCGCCUGGCCUUUGUGUUCACCGGCCAGGGAGCACAAUGGUACGCCAUGGGCAAGGGCCUGGAGGUGUUCCCGGCCUACAAGGCGAGCAUGGACGCGUCGGAGAAGAUGCUCCGCGACCUCGGGUGCCCCUGGAGCCUCUCUGAGGAGCUGUCCCGCCCUGAGGAUGAGUGCAACCUCCGCAGGACGGACUAUAGCCAGCCUGCGUGCACGGCUGUGCAGAUCGCCCUCACUGAUCUUCUCGGCCACUGGGGGAUCCAGCCUGUUGCGGUGGUGGGACACUCCAGCGGCGAGGUCGCCGCCGCGUACGCCGCGGGUCUGAUCAGUCACGAGGCCGGUAUGAAGGUUGCCUGGCUGCGCGGCCAGAUCUCCAGGACUGUUGCGCAGAAAGGGAACGGGGGCGGGAUGCUGGCAGUCAGUGCUAGCGGGGAGUCUCUCAGGGCCAGGCUCGAGUCGCUGACGCAGGGGCGUGCCAUCGUCGGCUGCCUCAACAGCCCCAAGGCAUGCACCGUGUCUGGCGACGCAGCUGCCGUAGACGAGUUGCAAGAGAUCCUUAAGGAGGAUCAGGUGCCUUGCACGCGGCUUCCGAUGGACGUCGCCUACCACUCGUUCCAUAUGGAGAGCGUCAGGGAGCAGUACGAGGCUGCGCUGGCAGGCAUACCUCACGUCCCUUCGAAGCAGACGAUCCCCAUGUUCUCUUCCAUCACUGGAGCUUUGGUGAUGCCCGAAGAGAUGUCUCCGAACUACUGGGUGGAGAACCUGGUGCGACCCGUCAACUUCGCCGGUGCCAUGGAGGCACUUCUGAACCAUGUCGACGGCGAGGUUACGAAGUCACACGAUCGACGAGCCUUCGCGGACAUCUUUCUCGAGCUAGGUCCCCACUCAGCCCUCCGAAGCUAUGUGCUCGACGUUUUCAAGAAGGCAGAAGGAAAAUUCACGGACCUCUCAUACGAGACAAUGCUGCGUCGGAAAUUCGACGGCGGCGAGACUGCCCUGCAGGCCAUGGGCAAUCUCUGGACCAAAGGCUAUCGCCUCGACCUCAGCCUCGUGAACGGAACCCCUCCCACGCAAACCCAGAUGCUUGUCGAUCUGCCGCCAUAUGCCUGGAAUCACAGCCUCACCUUCUGGGACGAGUCUCACUUGUCGAAGGCAUACCGUCUCCGGCCCAAGCCGAGACUGGAUCUCCUCGGCAGCCGUGUUGCUGGUGUGCCUGACCCCACGUGGCGAAAUUUCAUCCGCUGCUCAGAGAACCCGUGGGUCCGCGAGCACAAGGUCCAGGGCAACAUCCUCUACCCCGGGGCCGGCAUGCUCGUCAUGGCCAUAGAAGCCUCCAAGCAGCUCGCCGAGGACCAGCACGGAGAGCACGAGGCCAUUUUUGGCUACGAGCUACGGGAUGUGGAUGUCGUCGCUGCGCUGCGGGUGCCUGACACGGAGAAGGGGAUCGAGGUGAUGGUCCAGCUGCACCCGCGUCGCACGGGAACCAGAGCUGCGCCUUCUGCGGCCUUGAACGAGUUCAGCGUUUCCUCAUGGUCUGAGGAUGGCCAAGAGUGGACAGUCCAUGCCCGAGGACUGGUAUCUGUCACAUUACAGUCCUCACUGACACCUGCCAUGCAGCAACAACUCCAACUAGAGAACGAUUUGAGAAAGGAGGCCUUUGAGACCGCCAAGGUCGCAUGCCAGAAGCCGGCCAGAAACUUCUUAUAUGACAACGUUGAGACCAUCGGAAUGGUGUACGGACCCACCUUCCGAAACGUCAAGGAGCUUUGGGCGGGUAAGAACUCCAGCUAUGGAGUUAUCACCGUCCCAGACACGAAGGCCGUCAUGCCCGAAGAGUUUGAGUAUCCCUGUGUUGUGCACCCGGCCACUUUGGACUCGGUCCUGCAUCUUCUUUUCCCCUCUAUCAGCGGCGACGAGCAGUCCCUCUCCGAGGCCGUGGUCCCUGUCUCAUUCGAUCGUGUCUUCGUUUCCGCCGGACUGCCCACUAUUCCUGGCUCGGCUCUGUAUGGCAUCUCAACAGCCAAGAAGGUCGGCUACACGACCUGGACAUCAGACAUCACCAUCAGCGACGAGUCUCAUUCAGCCCCUCUCAUUGUGAUGGAAGGCCUCGGUCUCGCCUCAGUAGGCGGUAACACGGACAACAGUGAUGAGAGCCUAGACACGCGUGCCUCGUGUUUCGAACAGGUGUGGCGGGAGGAUGUCGACUUGCUGGCGCCCGAGCACGUCAAAGAGAUCGUGUACCGCAGGACGACCCCCAACGCGGACGAUGAGUCUGUGCUUGACCUGCUGGAGUACGUCUGUCUGGUGUACAUUCACCGCUGCCUGGACUGGUUGAAGACCCCCGAGGGCCUGCAACACAAACCAACCGACGGGUUCUGGAAGCUGUAUAUCGAGUGGAUGGAGGACUGCAAGAGAGCCUUCCCCCCACUGGAGCCCGACACCAAGGCAGUAGAGUCGAGGCUCGAGUCCGCCAGGAAGAGGAUCGCCCUCAGCGACAGCGGCGACAUCACGGUCCAGAUGGUCGACCGCAUCGGCGAGAACCUCAGCAACAUCUUCACGCGCAAGGUGGAGCCCCUCCAGGUGAUGACCGAGGGCGACCUGCUGUACACAUUCUACCGCGGGGCCUUUGGCACAUCCUUCAACACCAACGUUGCCGAAUACGUCGGGCUCAUCGCCGACAAGACGCCCGGGCUGGAAAUCCUCGAGAUCGGCGCGGGGACGGGCGGGACCACAUACCACGUGCUGGAGCGCCUGCGCAACAGCGACGGGACGUCCAAGGCCAGGCGGUACUUCUUCACGGACAUCUCGCCCGGCUUCCUCGCCAAGGCGCAGGAGCGCUUCCGCAGGGACGAGAGGAUCAUGGAGUUCGGCACGUGCAACAUAGAGAACGACCCCCUCGCGCAGGGCUUCCAGCCCGAGUCGUUCGACCUCAUCGUCUGCGCGAAUGUCCUGCACGCCACCAAGAGCAUCCAGGAGACACUGGCGCACUGCCUCUCCCUGCUCAAGCCCGGGGGCAGGCUCGUGCUGUCCGAGGUCACCAUCAAGCGCAUCUUCUCGGGCUUCAUCAUGGGCCCGCUGCCCGGCUGGUGGCUGGGAGAAGACGACGGCAGGAAGGGCGGGCCCCUGCUCGACGUGGCUGAGUGGGACGCAGCGCUGAACAAGGCUGGAUUCUCGGGCGUUGACAUGGACGUGCGUGGGGAUCGUGAGACGUCCAACGAGCCUGUCUCGUUGAUCGUGUCGUCGAAACCUGCCACGGCCAGGCCACAGCCUGCUUCCAAGUACGUGAUCGUCCACACGGGCACUGCCGGGUCAAAGGGCCUCGCAGGAGCAAUCCGGUCUGUAUUCCACAGUGUUGGCCUGGACAUAACCACCGCCGCAUGGGAUUCUUUUGCCGACAAAGACCUUGCGGACAGGUACACCCUGUGCCUGGCAGAGUGGGAGUCUCCAGUCCUCGCCAGCCUCACAGACGAGGACUGGGACAGGAUCCACCGAGUCGUCCGCGGGUCCGCCGGCACCCUCUGGAUCACCGGCGGAGCAGCCAUGGAGUGUACACACCCCAUGCAGUCCCUGAUGGUCGGCCUGUCCCGGGCCAUCCGCAACGAGGACGCAGGAAGCCGCCUGGCCACGCUGGACAUCGAACCGGCCGAGUCUCUCGCGGGCAGCAGCAGCAGCAGCACUGCCCUGGCCGAGGCCGCCCGGUCCAUCCUGCGCGUCGCACAGGAGCACUCCCGCGCCGACGCCGCCCACGAGGACCACGAGUUCGCCUCCCGCGGCAGCACGGUCUACGUGCCGCGGGUCGAGCGCGCGCAGGCAGUCGACUCGGCCCUCCGGACGCACGAGGCCAAGGGCGAGCCGCAGCCCGUGUCCCUGACGGGGUGCGGGCGGCCGCUGAAGCUGACCAUCAAGACGCCGGGCCUCCUGGACACGUUCCGGUGGGUCGAGGACGAGACAUACCACACGCCCCUGCAGGACGACUGGGUCGAGAUCGAGGUCAGGGCCGUCGGGCUCAACUUCAAGGACGUCCUGGUCGCCCUGGGCAGCCUGGACGAGCGCAAGCUGGGCGUCGACGCCGCCGGCGUGGUCGCGCGGGUCGGGCGGGCCGUCACGGGCCUGAGGCCCGGCGACCGCGUCAUGACCGCCACCUGCGACGCCUUCGCGACCCACGUGCGCUUCCCCGCCGCCGGCGCCAUCGCGAUGCCGGAGGGCAUGUCCUUCGAGGACGCCGCGUCGAUGCCGCUGGUCUUCCUGACGGCGUACUACGCGCUCGUGACGGCCGGCGGGCUCGCCCGGGGCGAGACCAUCCUCAUCCACGCCGCCGCGGGGGGCGUCGGCCAGGCGGCCAUCAUCCUUGCCCAGCAGAUCGGCGCCGAGGUCUUCGCCACGGUCGGGUCCGACGAGAAGAGGCAGCUUGUCCGCGAGCAGUACGGCAUCGCCGAGGACCACAUCUUCAGCAGCCGCGACACGUCCUUCGCGAGGGGCGUCGUGCGCGCCACGGGCGGCAAGGGCGUCGACGUCGUGCUCAACUCGCUGGCGGGCGAGGCGCUGCGGGCGAGCUGGCACUGCCUCGCCAAGUUCGGGCGCUUCCUCGAGAUCGGCAAGGCCGACCUGUUCGCCAACACGGGGCUGGACAUGCGGCCGUUCCUCGACAACAAGAGCUACAUCGGCGUCAACCUGCUCGACUUUGAGAACAACCCCACGCCGCGGGCCGUGAAGCUGUGGGGCGAGGUGGCCGCGCUCAUCCGGGGCGGCAGCCUGAGGCCCGUGGCGCCGGUCCUCCAGUUCGCCAUGGCGGACGUGGAGAAGGCGUUCCGCUUCAUGCAGGCUGGCAGGCACACGGGCAAGGUUGUCGUGCGGGUUGAUGCUGGCGAUGUCGUGCCCGCGGUGCCUCGGACUCCGGAGGUGAAGGUGUCGGCCGGGGCGACAUAUGUCGUGGCUGGGCUUGGGGGCAUCUGCAGGGAGAUUGCGAGGUGGCUGGCGGAGAAGGGGGCGAGGGCGCUGGUGCUGCUUUCGAGAUCUGCUGCGAGCGGCUCGGAGAACAGGGCCUUCGCCGAGGACCUGAGGAAUGUCUAUGGCACGGAUGUUCGUGCGUUUGACUGCGAUGUUGGUGAUCGUGGUGCUCUGGAAGCAGUCCUUGAGAAAUGCCGUGAUAUGCCUCCCAUCAAGGGCUGUGUCACUGGUGCCAUGGUCUUGGAUGACACACUAUUCGACAAGAUGACGGCGGAUCACGUUCGCAAGACCGUCGGGCCCAAGGUUCAUGGAUCUUGGAACUUGCACGAUCUCCUGCCCCGAGACCUGGAUUUCUUCGUCAUGCUAAGUUCCCUUGCUGGUGUUAUGGGCCACCGCGGACAAGGCAACUACGGCUGUGGAAACAUCUUCCAGGAUUACUUCGCCUCCUACAGGCGGAGCCAGGGCCUCCGGGCCAUGACCAUCGACAUCGGCUACCUCCUCUCGGUGGGCUUCGUCGCCGAGCACGACGAGUACGUGGACCACGUCAAGGCCAUGGGCCUGAAGGUGAUGCACAACAGCGACCUGCACGGCCUCCUCUCCAUCGCCAUGGCACAGCCUCACCACCCAGCCCAGAUCAUGUGCGGCCUCCCCCACAACGAGUCCUCCGACGCCUGGUACUGGAUCGCCGACGACCGGUUCGCAGCCCUGCGGAACCAGCACCACUCCGGCGCCGGCCCCGACGCCGGCGGGGACGUCCCGCUGCGCGAGGAGCUGGGCCGCUGCGGCCGGGACGACCUGGCCGCCGCGACUGACCUGGUCACCCGGGCGCUUGCGGGCAGGCUCGCGCGGCUGAUGAUGAUGCCCGAGGGCGACGUGGACGCGGGCAGGCCGCUGAGCGCGUACGGCGUCGACAGCCUGGUGGCGGUGGAGGUGCGCAACUGGGUCGCGCGCGAGACGGGCGUCGACGUCAGCGUGUUUGACCUCAUGGCCAACGUCCCCAUGCGGGCGCUGGCCGGGGACCUGGCGGGCAGGUGUAAGCUUUUGAAGCCGUGAUGGGGUUUUGGAAGACGUUGAUUUCUCAAGUCAUGGGUCCUAUGUGGCUUCUGUUUCGUUCUCUGAUCAUAUUAUGGGGCUUUUCACAACUUGGCCGAC